AUGUCAAAUGGCUCUUACAGUGCUAUAGACUUGACUUUUUGUAGUCCAAACAUUUACGAUAACAUCGAAUACACAACUUCAACCGAGUUAUAUAACAGCGAUCAUUUUCCCAUAUUCGUAGAGUUUAUCGAUAACAAUACUGGUAUCCCCAUAGCCCAACCUACGUGGAAAUUUAAAAAAGCGGACUGGAUACUAUACCAAGAGGAAGUAAAUCAAAAUCUACCUUCAUUAAAAGCCCCUAAUUCCACAAAUUCAGCAGGAAAAUCGAUACCGAAAACAUCAAAUGCUAUAGUAAAGAACAACCUCCCAUGGUGGAAUAAUGAAUGCCACGAAGCAAUUAAAGAGAAGAAAUACGCUUUUAAUGUGUACAAGAAACAUAAAACUGACAUAAACUUAAUAGAAUUUAAGCGGGUAAGGGCCAAAGCUAGAAAAGUCCUUAAACAAGCGAAGAAGGAUGCAUGGAUCAAUUACAUUUCAUCUUUAACAAAGAACACUCCAUGUGACAAAAUGUGGAAUAAAUUGAAGAAAAUAAAUGGCCAGAAGGUAAACUCUCAAAUUACUGCAAUCAAAGGCAUUGACAACUCUAUUAUUACAGACUCCAUAGAAAUGGCCAACCUAUUAGCCACUACAUUCGCAAAAAAUUCAAACUUAUACAACUGUAUAUGGCUGAAUGGUGUCUUCCCCGACAAAUGGCAAGAAGCAAUAGUGGUCCCCAUACUAAAACCUGGGAAAAAUAAACUGCAAGUCGACAGUUACAGACCUAUUGCCCUAACAUGUUGUCUAUGCAAGCUGUUAGAAAAGAUAUUAUGUAAAAGAUUACGAUGGUAUCUAGUAGUUAAUAACCUACUAGAAAGAAAUCAAAACGGGUUCAGACAACACUGCUCGACAAUCGACAGCCUCACAAUGUUAGAUACCAAUAUCUGUGAAGCUUUUCUUAAAAAACGGCACCUAGUAGCUAUAUGUUUAGAUAUUGAAAAGGCGUAUGACAUGGUUUGGAGGCAUAGAAUUAUCCAACAGUUACAAAAAUGGAACAUUAAUGAUCCAUAUACGUCCGUGUCAACGGAAAUUUAUCCAAAAAAACGGAAAUCCGAAACGGGGUACCCCAGGGAUCUGUACUAA